UCGGUCAGAGCUAUGAGAAAACUACUAGGCAUAUGUGAAGAAUAUGUGGGUAAGCAUGGUUUACUGUAUAAUGCUAAAAAAGCGAAUAUAUGGUGUUUAAGGCCGUCGGGGGCAAGCUACCGGAAAGUGUACCAGUCAUCAAACUUAAUAAUAAUGAACUUAAGCGUGUACACGCAUUUAAGUAUCUGGGACACUACGUCACCGACGACCUUAAAGACCAAUUAGACAUAGAGAGGGAGCGUAGGGCGCUGGCAGUACGAUGCAAUAUGCUGGUAAGGAGGUUUGCACGUUGUAGUCAACAGGUAAAAAUAACUUUAUUUAAAGCCUAUUGUCAAGUCUUCUACACGUGCAGCCUCUGGACUAGUUAUUCGCAGAAGACCAUCAGUGCCCUGCGCGUGCUUUACAAUAAUGGUUUCAGGAUGUUGUUGGGGCUGUCUCGUUUCUGCAGCGCAUCAGGUAUGUUCGCACAAGCUCGCACGGAUGACUACUAUGCCAUAAUACGCAAAAGAACUGCCUCGUUGCUUUGUAGAGUGCGGGCCAGUACCAACCCCAUCCUGGCCACUAUAGCCUGCCGAUAUGACUCACCUAUAGCGCGGCAUUUUGAGUGUGUCAUGACCGCCACUAGGUGAGUGUUUUAUUGUUUUAUUGUUGUAUUAUUGUGUCGACUUUUUGUUUAUGUUAUACUAACAGGUAGUUUUUAAAAUAUCCAAUAAUGUAUAAGUACUAACCAUUAUGGGCCCUUUGU